GUGAGUUAACGUGAACUACAUUACUGAUUGAAUUGAUCUUAAUUAAGCAGCUAAUUGAUGAUUUUUAACAGUGAAUCAGCUCGUAAAGCGUCACAAAGUGUUUCUGGAUAAAAACGAGACUGUUGCUGUUUGCGGGGAAGUUUCUACACAUUAGAUUGGUUUUGACCUCGUCACGCUGUGAGCCUCCAUGGAGGGUUUGGAGGAGAAGCUCGGGGGUCUGUCCAUCGCUCGGCGGUGUCGUCCGGAGGAGCCCACCUACCUGCUGGACGUCGCCCUGCAGCCGUCCGGCCUGCUGGCGGUGUCCUGCUCCAACUACACCGUCCACCUGCACAACAAGGACACUCUGAGCCUGCUGGGUGAGUAUCGGGGUCACGGUGGGCCUCUUUGUGGGGUCACGUUCGCCCACGCCUCCUCUGACCUGCUGUACUCGGGGUCUGCUGAUGGGACGGUCCUGGCGUGGGACGUCCGCCGCCCCGGCACGGCGGCGGCUCAGACGUUUAAAAGCGAUCCGUCUCACAGCUACUGCAGCUUCGAUUUGAACUGCGCCGACACGCUGCUGUGCGCCGGCACCGAGCAGAUCAACGACGAGGACAGCUUCCUGGUGUUCUGGGAUGCCAGGAAGCCGGGCAGCGUACUCCUCGGGGUUUACUCGGAGUCCCACAGCGAUGACAUCACACAGGUACGCUUCCACCCUCGGGAUAAAGACCGCCUGGCAUCCGGCUCCACCGACGGCCUGGUGAACGUCUUUGACCUCAGCCAGGGAGCGGAGGAGGAGGCGCUGCUCGCCACCUGUAACAGCGACUCCUCCGCCGGCUCCGUCUGCUGGUGCGGAGCCGACUUCACCCGCCUGCUGUGCCUCAGCCACGACGAGGGGCUUCACCUGUGGGAUCUGGGCCAGCUGGACACCGACGAGCCGCUCACCAUCUUCAGCUCCUCCGACACCCGCAGCCUGACGCCGCUGGCCGACGGAGCGGGCGUGGAUUACCUGGUGGGGGGGGGGUGGCUGGAGGAGGCGCAGAAGCUGCUGGUGGUCGGCGGGAAGAACAGCGGAGAUCUGCACCUGAUGGAGUGCGACGGAAACGGGCUCCGACUGAUGAGGAGCCUCGAGGGAGGGCACGGCUCCACGGUGCGAUGUUUCCUGUGGGACGCGGCGGGGGAGGCGCUGGUCACCGGCGGGGAGGAUGCUCAGCUGCUGCUAUGGAAACCAGGAGGGGAGGAGCUAACGGCAGGGAAAAGGGAGACGAUGAAGAGCGAUUCGGCGGUGAGGGUCAAAUCCAGGCCGCAUAAAAAACACGGCUACCAGAAGAGCAAGAACGCGACGUAGCUCAGCUCAAAACUCUGAACUCUGUGACUCUAAACAUAAAUAUAUAAAUAAAAACAUACAUUAAAUACACAAAACAGCCUCAUGUUCAUACUCUAAGCAUGUUUUGUGUUAAAGUGUCGCCUGAAAAGUGAAAACACACAAACACACGUCAGUAAAUGUGCUUAAAUUUUGGAGCGACACUAUUAAAGUUCAGUGAUGCGACGUUAGAAGUUGGAAAAAACCAAAAGUAAAACACUUUUAACACACAUUUAUAAACACAAGCUUGUCACCCUGAUGAAGAUUUUAACAUAAUUUCUACCUGCGAAGAAUCCAAACACCAGACUCCAUUUAAAAAAAACUGCAUAUUUUUUACAUUUCAUUGCUUCUUGUCACAUUUUUCCAUCAGCUGACGUGUUAAUUAUCAUCUUUUUUAAAUUAAAUAUGCUGCUGUGGUUAAUUCAGCGUAUGUCUCAUCGACCAAUCAACACGUAUUUAUUAAAUAAAACAGCAACAGUGAUGAAAAUAUGUCAACAUUCAGACACCGUCAACAUCUGUAGUCGUUGAAUAUUAAGCAGCAGCACUGAUUUAGAACAAAUGUUUGAUUUCUAUAUGAUUCUUCUUACAUGAAUCUGAUGUAUUACUCUUCUGGAUUUUUGUUAUUGUGAUCAAAAGUCAGUUUAUCCGACAUUUUCUGACUCUAAUCUGUGUCUCUCAGU